UUAAUUAAGAAUGACGUCAGGGACUUCCCCGUAACCAGGACAUGUUAUUCAAAACUGCAUUGUGAAAACAACAGUCUCAGUAUUUCUCAGUCUAACUUUGCAGUGGUCAUAUUGUAGCUCUUCUUUUUCAUCUGUGUAUUUUGCUGAGGUGGAAACAGCCCAUAGACAUCAGAAAAAAGAAAAGAUAUUGCAGAUUAUCCCAACUACAUGGAACAAUAGAUACUUACAGAUACUCAGGGGAUUGCAGCACCAUUGUCAGUGCUCAGGUUACAGUUUUAGCAUACAUGUUGUACUGCACAUACUGCAAGGCUCAACAACCACAAUCGUCAUGGAAAAUCAACGUUCUUCUUCAAGCCAAGUCACAAAUAAAGUGGAAUGUCAAGGCGAUCAUAACAAAAUAAUCAAUACUGGGCACAAUGGCAAAAUUGUGCAGGUGGACCAUGUAUACAUAUCUGUGCCAUAUGUAAUCAAGGAGCUCCUUGAUGGAAUGAAGAAACCACUUUCACCUCCCACAACGCCUAACAAGAAGCCAAUCAGGUUCAGAAAGUUGCCGGGCGUUAUUAACAAAAUGACAUCACGAGAACGUCAUAAUAAGAUAAUCAGCAUGGGACCCAAAGGUAAAACUGCUCAGUCAGACAACGUUAAAGUCCCUGUGAAGUAUGUCAUAAAGAAACCAUAUCUACACACAGCAAGAUCCAACUGCAUAAAGAAGCAGAUCAAGCACAGAAAGUCACUGGGCCACACUGUUGAAAACAAAGUGACAUCACAAGGAAACCACAAUACUAUCAUCAAUACAGGAAAUAAUGCUACAGUUGUAAUGGUAAGCAGCAUGACUGUGGAGAAACCUUUGAGUCGUGCAGAAAGACUUGACACUCCGAAGCAGAGAACGUGCAGAUGGAUUCUGGACGGAUUGAAUCAGCUAUCAGCCAAUGCAAUGUUUGACGAAUGCAAUGAGAAAAUCGGUCGAUUCUUCCAACAUACGAAAGAUCCAGACUACCAAGCUGUCCUGUGGGUGGCCACUGCCAACAAUUGCAUCAAUGCAGGAGAUAUGGAACGUGCAGGUGAAGCCUUGAGCAAUGUUAUGAGUCUCCUGGAUCAGACUGAGAACAGCAUUGAGCAUGAACUUGCUCGAGACCACUUCCAGUCCCUGAUAUACCUGAGGGAAAACAAAUACGUUGAAGGCGAACGCUUGACCACAAGGGCCUUAUGCAAAACAGAGCACCUGCAAGCUGGAUGCAUGGCAGCCUGGAUUCUGAUCAACCACGGCUGGUUCUACACCAAGAGGACCAUACAGGAGCAGGAUCCUCACAAGCAGCCUAAUCUAGUCAGUGUUGCCACUGCUUCAUUUAGGAGGGCCAUCGAGUACUCUGACCGCGAAUUUCCUGGCCAGCUGCAAGACAACAAAUCCAGGAUCCGCCAGUUUGCCCUGAUUGGUCAGGUGUAUCUGCUCCUGAGAUGUUGGCGCUCAGUAGAUGGAAGCUGUACCAAACCAGGGAACAAGAUCACAGGAAAGGACGUUGCAAAAGCACGGAAGGUGCUAGCCUCACUGGAUCCGGAUAAGGGAGAGCCCUUGUGUGCAAUAUGUAUGGUCCUGUACCAUCUUGCAAAUGCACAUCUGUGUUACAGGUUGAAUAAGUACCAAGAUGGUCUGAAGGAAGCAAAAAAGGCAAGGCACUUGGCAGCAAAGGGGUCCUUCAAGCAAUACCAUGGCUUUGCUGACAGCAUUGUCAAGCAUUUUGAGCGCCGGGUGGCAUGAAACAAGCAUUCUAUAGUAAGACGAUGCAUUUCAUUUGUCAUUGAAAAAAACCUUUUCACUGGCUUUGGAAACUUUCAAGGGUGAUUAAAGUCAUAGCCUUUCUUGAUUGUUCAAAUACAUUUUUUGUAUGAUAGUUUUGAAAAAAACACAGGAGUAUCUGCAUUUACAUAAUAGGAACAUUUCAAAUCUGUUAUCCAAAUAUUUGGAGUAGCCAUGAGUCAUGUUAAAGUAGGGUUAAUAGAGUCAACACCUUUCACUUUGGGUCCAGUAAUGAUUAACUACUAGAAAAACAUCAUCAAAGCUGUGGCAUACUUUACAGUAUGUCACUUUGAACUGUUGAGUUGUAACUAAACACAGCCUUUUUCAUAAUCACUCUUGUAGUUCAAAAGGAUAACAUUGGGUCCAAUUUUGGUCAGAGACUGAAAGAUUAUUCUACCUAAAGUAUGACAAUACAUGACUAAUUAUGACUUGUCACUGUUUGACACUAGUUAAAGGUACUAGUACUGUUACGUUGAGCGACAAAUUUGUAUGUUUGCACCUUAGAACACUUGGCUUUAGAUGUAUUGUAAUUAUGUAAGAACUGUAGACUAAGCUAAGCAUGCUCACAGAAUUCUAGGCUGUGACUCUAAGAACUCACCAGUGAUGAAAAUGAGCACAUUUCUACAAGGAAAUACUCAAAGAGAUUACAGAUUCAAGUAUACAAUACUAUGUAUUGUCCAAAGCUAACAUUAGUGACUGCAUGUUACAGUUGUUUAGUAAUAAACCUCAAAGUAACAUAUAAGAAACUUGUUCUUAAGGUUUGUUAUAAACAGCUUAUGGUUGUAAUAUUACAAUCAAUUUAGAAUAUAGCAAGAUGAAGUGUUAAUAUUGCAAUGACUAUGUCAAGUAGUCACAUGCAUAUUAAAAAGUUGAA